AUGAGCGAACAAGCACCGUCUUUCGAUGCUUGGAGACCGCGAUCUCAUGACCCGAGCCGGAUCGUCUCCGUCAAAUACCCCAUUGGAUUUGAUCGCCUGUUCGGAACCUCCAAACCGUCAGCCCGACUGGGUCCGUUGCGAAGAACUGUUCGUACCUUGCAGGUAGUUCGCAGGCGGGCCGCUCCUGAGCUGCCGAUGUUUCACGCACAUUAUCGACCAACCAAGGCUGGCGGACGGGCCAAUACAGCUCUGACCUGCGUUUCCCCAGGAACGGCCUGGGCUCCAACCACGACCACGCUUGUCUCUCUUUGCUCCUACAUUCAGCAAGAAUCGCCAAGCAUACCGCAAAUGAUCGUGCUAGGUGGAUAG